UGCAAAAUGAGUCACUAGAAUAAGUGGUACUUUUUGUAGCUGCAAAUUGUACACCAUAAAAAGUACAAUUGUAACCACUAGUCCAUUCCUGUUGUUUUAUUUACAUUUUUCAAUAAAUAAAUGUUAAUACAGUAAAAUGGAUUGUGCACCUUUAAAUUUGGCCCAUUUCCACGAAAGAAGAGCUGAUAAGUUAAUCAAAAGACAUCGUUACGAGGAGGCUUUUAAGGCAAUAGAAACAUCACUUUUGUAUUUAGAUGACGCAUAUAAAAACGUAAAGAUACCCAAAGCCCUGGAAGUAUUGAAUACGCAAAAAUGGGACUAUGAACGUAAAUUGAAACAAAUUCAAAUGCGUAAAAUACAAUAUGAAAGAAUGAAAUCAAAAGAAAUUGUUCCAUCGGUGCAAAUUGAAGUGGCCCCCAAUAAUAGUAAUAAUUUGAAAACAGAUAUUGUGAAUGCACAAUCGAUUGCCAGGUCUAUAGAUAAAACAAUUAAAGAGUUCAAUGAUAAAUAUGGUAGUACGUUGAUGGAAAAUAUACAGCGCAUGGAAACGCAGACAGUAAAGGAAAACAAUGAUGGCAACAAAAUGACACAAGAGCAAAUAGCUAAACUUUCCAUCGAUAAUACCAAAGAAAUGUUAGCGGAAAACUUGGAAACCAACUUAAGACGUUUAAGCUUAAUGGACAAUCAUUUGCUAAGCACAGAUGAUGAUUUGCCCUCUUUAGCUCCUUUAGAAUUGCCAUCUUUUGAUUAUAGCGCUUUUGAUGUAGCCUCAACUAGUGGUUUAGUGGAAAAUUUUCAAAAGUAAUAAGCAAAAUUUAAAUUUUUUAUUUGUGAUCUCUCUGUUUAA